AUGAUGCAAGUGGUGGAAUACACUAAUUCGCAUCAUGAUGAACGGAUGCUGAAACAGUUGCGAAAGCUGCCGGUUUUGUUUGUCAAGGCUAAGGAAGUUUAUGAUCCUAAUUCCAUCUUGCACGAAUUGGCCAGGAAAAAUAAGACAUUGUUGGAAGGAGUGGAGAGCAUUAACUUGGAGCAUGACGAAGAGUCUUCACAAGAAAAUGAUGACUACUUCGAUGAAGACGCAGUAGAGUUUGAAGACGACGAGGAUAUAGUAGAGGAUGACCACAACGAUGAAAAUUAUCUAGAAGCAUCAAUGCAAAAAUGGCAGAAUAAUAUGAGACAUGAAUCUCCUGAACCUAUCAGAUCAUCAGGACAUCAGGAGACUCCUGAAGAGUUAGGUGAACAGUUACAGCCACAUUCAGAUAACAUAGCUGGACGUCUGUUUCAACUGCUACCAUCUGGGCAUGCUCCCGAAGAAGUUGACUCUCCUACUGAAGAAAAUGACUCUUCUUUGGAAGAAUUUAACGAGGUUGAAUCAGACUCUCCUAUGGAACAAGAACUCGAGGAACCGGCCCAAGAACCCGAAAAAGCUAACAAAGCUGAGCCAGAAGAACCACCAGUCCAAACUCAAUCAUUAGACAUUAUAAUCGACACUCCAACUUCCACAACUAUAAUCAAACCAGAACCAGUACAAAAUACUGAAGAAAGCACACCCGAACCAGAGCAAGAACCAGAGUACGGAUUCCUCCCGGAAGAUUACGAAUUUGACGUAUCAAGAAUCGAAGUGCAAAACGUCCGGUUUGGAAUUCACAAUCAAUACUAUGUCAAAUGUCUUGAAUUGACUGGCUCGGAUUUUGCCUGGAUUGACGAAGAGGAAGUUAUUGAGUUUGCGUUGGCCCAUGGUGUCAAGGAACAUCGUCUUGACAAGUUCUUGUCGUUUGUUACUAAUGGAAUGAUUGACCAGGAGGAGGAAGAGUCUGAACCGGAAGUGUACAUUUCUGAUGAUAGUGAGUCUGAAGACGAAGACGAAGAGGAGGAACAAGAAGUCGAUCAAGAAGACGACCUUGAAUCACUCAUUCAAUACUCCAAAUCGAGCAGUCAGGGAUUCCUUGCUUUUGGAGAUCGCGAUUUCUCAAAUAACACCCCAGCGAAAUAUAGAUCGACCUUCGAAAAUUUGGACAUUGAUGACGAUUUACAAGAAUCCUUGCAUCGGCAAUUGGCAAACUACAAGCAAAACAAAAAGCACAAGCUAAACCAGAAACAGAAACAACUUCAAGAAGAAGCAAUCAUGAAUAAUGAUUUACUUAUAAAGUACCCUGAUGCAUUACGUAUCAAGGAUAUAAGAUACGAAUUUGAGUCGUUGUUAAAGGAUGAAAAUCGAACUAGUGUAAGUUUCCCCAAACUUGAUUCACAUGGCCAUCAAACUAUAAAGAAAUUAGCUAAAUAUUACAAUAUGGGUGUUACUAAUUGUGGGCAAUCCACUAACAAGUACUUGAAGAUUUCCAAGAACAAAACUACAUACAAGUAUUACCCUAACUAUGACCAAAUUGAUCGAAUCCUUCGCGGGAGACCAAUCUUCCAUAGACAAGAUGUCAAGCGAACUCCAAAGACCGACAAGGCUGAAAAGGCCAAGAAGGUCACCCGAGGUGCUGAUCUGAAGGCGCGAGUUCGAGAAGGAGAUAUAGUUGGUGCGGAAGCACCCGAGAUUGAUCAAUCCAACGUCGGUAGACAAAUGUUGGAAAAACUAGGAUGGGUCAAGGGUCAAGGUUUAGGUGCUCAUGGCAACCAAGGUAUCAAUGAGCCAAUUGUUGCCAAAGUUAAAAUGUCAAAAACUGGUAUUAAGGAAACUUUAUAG